CUCUCCCUCUUUUUAUCAUCUCUCUCUUAUAGCUUUUAGUUUGUAGGUUUGGUGGUUAAAGGUGAAGAUGUUGAGCACGAACGCAAUUCGCAAUAUUGUUGGAAUAAUCGGGAAUGUGCUAUCUUUCGCCUUAUUUCUCUCUCCAGUGCCGACAUUUGUGAAGAUUUGGAAGCGGAAGGCAGUGGAGGACUUCUCGCCGAUUCCGUACCUGGCAACGUUCCUCAACUGCAUGCUGUGGGUGUUCUACGGGCUCCCCGUGGUGCACCCAAACAGCAUCCUAAUCGUCACCAUCAAUGGCAUCGGCUUCGUCCUCGAAGCCAUCUACCUCACCAUCUUCUUCAUCUACGCCCCCAACCGCUCUCGCUUGAAGGUUUUGAAGAUAUUGGCCGUGGAGCUGGUGUUUAUGGGAUCUGUGGUCGCAGGCGUCAUUGCAGGGGAGCACACUUAUAAGAAGAGAACUUUCAUUGUUGGAAUUUUUUGCGUCAUCUUCGGCUCCUGCAUGUAUGCCUCUCCCCUAUCGGUCAUGAGACUGGUUAUCCGGACUAAGAGCGUCAAGUACAUGCCCUUCUUCCUUUCCCUUACGGCAUUUCUUAAUGGCGUGUGCUGGACUGUGUAUGCGUUCCUCAAGUUCGAUAUCUUUGUCGUGAUUCCGAAUGGGCUAGGGGCAUUGUUAGGUGCCAUGCAGCUAUUGCUCUACUUCUGUUACUACCGCUCGACACCCCAAGAGGAGACCAAGGGGGAGCUUCAGUUGCCGGUGUCGGCUUCCAUGGCUCCAAGCGCUGGUCACAAGGAGCCAAAGAAUGGCGUGAGCGUGCAGAGAUGAUCUUAGGUUUAGUUUUUUUUUCUUUUUCAAUAAAGAAAAAAGAAGGAGAAGGGAUUGAGUGGAGAGUAGUCUUGACUCUAUUUCUUUC